UAUGACAUGAGUAGACUCAAAGUUUUAAUUCUAAUUCGUAUUUUCUAACAACAUUGAUAAUACAGAUAUUGUAGGACAUUUCAAUAUUUAUUAGUAAAUAAUAAAAUUAGUACAAUUUACGAUAUAACUACAUUUAUUAGUUAUAACUAGGAUAUGACCAUUUAGAUUGUUCUUAAAUCAACUAUCUCAACUACAAAAGGCAAAAUUGUUUUACGCGUGCCUGUACACGUAUUACUAAUAGGAAUUAAUAUUUAAUAUACAAUGGUCAAUAUAGUCAUUGCUGGACUGCCUAAAAAUGUGAAAGUCCCAAAAUUCAUAUCAUUUUUAGAGAAGACAUUAUUUGAGGAUGGUAUUAAAGCAAGAUUAACAAAUACUAGUCUUAUUGAUGGGUCUAUAAAGUCCAUUACAUUGAAUAUGAGAUCAGAAGAUGCACGUAAAACUCGUAGAUACUUAAAUGGCUUGGCAUAUCCAUAUGGUGGGAAGGAGUAUGUUCUUGAAUGUUUUAGUCAAGAUAUUAAAACCUUGGCACAUCCAAGAGACAGAGCACCCGGUGACAAUCACAAAGCAUUAUCAACCAACGGAAGGUAUUCCCAUAGUCCUGAUCAUUCGAAAAGUCCGAUUGGAAUUAAGGAAGAACUUGAAAGGAUUGAUCUCAGAAUCGAUUUACUUAAAAAGCAGAGGUUAUUGAUGGAAGAGGAAAAUAAACUGCUUCUUGAAAAAAAGAAAUUAGAAAUUUUGCAGAAUAUUGGACCAAACGAUUUUAAACAAUUGGCGAAUUAUGAAAUAGCCUGUUGUCAUAACAAUCCAGCCGAGAUCACUCAACUUAUGGUGCAUUCAACUCCGAAAAAAAAGAAAAAGAAUACUAACAAGUUACCAAAUUUUAAUACACCUUGUAAGAUAAUCUUGUCCGAGAUGAAAGGGGUGCUUAGUAAAUAUGUCAAUGAGGAGAACCACGACAUGCUGAUGUCGCUAAUUUAUUCAGCUAUUAGGAAGCGAAUAGUUAUUGUUCUGGGAGGCAAGACUUUUAUGCCAGCUUCAGACAUUGUACACAUGUAUAGGAUAUGGUAUCCUUACAACACAGAUACGGAUUUACUCGAUGAAUUGUCUAAUACAAUCAGUCAAAGUUGUUGGCCUAAAAAAAAAACUGAAUAUGUAGAAAAUGAUGAUGGAAGUAGUCAAAAUAUGACUGAAAGUAAUAAUGCAGACAAUUCUGAUAAACCAGAUAAUGUGACAGAAGAAUCAUAUAAAGAUAUAGAAGUAAUUGAAGAAGCCGUUAUAAAUAAAGAGUCAGAAGCCAUAGUAGUGACAGAUACAAAGGAUAAGUCAGAUAAAUGUGAAGCGAUAGAAAUAAAAGAUAAGUCAGAUAUAAAAGAGCUCAUAAAAAAUGAAAGUGAAGUAAAUGCUUCGAUUAAUGAAAUUCAAUUAAAAAAUUUGACAAACAUUGAUGAUUUCGUUGAUAUGAAAAAUGAUUUUGAUGAAUGGGAGGACGAUAAUUCGAAGGAGGAAGUGACGGAAGAGUUAUUGUCAGAAGUUGUAAAAUAAAAAAAUCAUUUAAAACAAACACACAACACAAAAGUGAGCAACAAACUUUAGUAAUAUUUUGUCAAGGCAAGGUCACAUUUUUUGGUAUAAUACAAAGAUUAA